AUGGCGCUUAUUAUCGCUUCGUCACAGGUGAUCAACAUUACAACAAACAAAGACUAUGUCUUUCAAGUGCAUCGUUAUUUUCUAGAGCGGGACUCGGAGUUCUUUCGUGAUAUGUUCACAUGUCCUCCAACAUCAGGUCUCGCGGAUGGACAAGACGAAGACUCGGCGAUACUGCUUCCAGACGUGACAGUGCAUGAACUGGAAUGUCUGAUCACUUUUCUAUAUGAAGGCGUGUAUGGACUUGCUUUUACCCUGCAAGAUUGGACGGCCUUGCUCUCAAUCUCAUCGCGCUUCCUAUUCGACAAGGUGCGCGACCGAGCAGUCAGGGAGAUCGCAGAACACGAUCCGCCACUGGGCCCUGUCGAGAGGCUGGUGCUCGCCAUAAAGCAUGACAUUCCGCAGUGGGUACAGCCUGCAUACACGGACAUCUGCGUCAGGGAGGAACCGCUGACGGAGGAAGAGGCGGACAAGCUAGGAAUGUCCAUGGUGGUUCGCCUCGCUAGAAUGAGGGAAGAACUCCUGAGGGAGCGUUCACAGACCGCGCCGUCGGUGCCCAACCGGCCGCGUUUCGCGCGUAACACGACGACUGAUUGCGGCUGUCGGUCAUGUCGACAAGAACGGCUUGCAUCCGACGAAGCAGACGAAGACACCAAGAGGGUUACCAAGAUUGUUGAAGAGGUGAUGGCCAUGCAGUGA